GAGCGAUCGAUCGAUCAGCGCGGCAGAAAGCCAGAAACGCAGGCAGCCCAGCCCAGGCGCAGGGGCACUGACCACGCGACCCGAGCGAAGAAGCAAGGCUCCGGACCACGCGGAUGGGCUCGGGCGACCCGGCGGCCGACCCCCUCCUCCUCCCGCCCCUCCGCCACCACCCCGGCGCGCUCUCCCUCUCCCGCCGCGUCGCCAUGGCGCGCGACGCCACAGCGGCCGCCGUGCCCGCGCUCCGCCCCGCCUGGCUCCUCGACCUCCUGCCGCUCCUCGUCGUCCUCCUCAUCGCCGCCCACGUCCUCGCCCUCGGGUACUGGAUCUACAGGCUCGCCACGGACGGGUCCAGGCAGCCCGCGCGGAGCAAGAAGCACUGAGGACGCGGUGCCCGCGGCAGGAUGCUUGCAGCCAGUGUUUGCCAUUUAGUUCGUGUAUCCUCUGCUUGUUGAUCUGCAAGGUUCUCAAACGUCGGGUGCUGGCUCGGCAAAACACCUCGUGAAAGACCCAAAGCCAGGGAACCAAAUCCCUUCCAGUGGUUUGUUCAGAUGUUGGUUUCAAAAGUGACGCUAGCUGAUAUGUGAAAGGUGGACCUCAUGAUCACAGAUAGCUUUCUUUUGUUGAAUAGGCGUCUCGUCUUCGACGCCUCCGUGUAAAGAACAGUAGACAGGUGUGCCGUUUCGUCUGUUGUGGGCUUGUGUAAUCCCAGGAGCAGCAUUUUAUUUGCGCAACCCAGAAACGGAGGAGUUUUCAGCCUCUCCCUGUUCCUGCUUCUAGGAUCUUGUCUGAAGUGAAGGUAACAUGGAUGGCCUUGUUUAUGAAAAAGAAAAAACAUGGAUGGCCUUUGUGCUC